GCCCUGGUUCAAUGUAACGUAGUAAAACAACACCAAAGAAGAAGAAUGGAGGACGAAGAGGGAUAUAUGGCCAUCGACCUAUCAAGAAGAGAGAGCUACAUGCGACCCACCCCUGAAAAGACGCACGAUACCUCUUCCAAAGUCCAGUGCUGGAAAAUCACGCUAGGGACUUUUCUAACAGGGAGCAUUGCUCUGAACAUAACCGUAAUUGCUAUUCUUAUAGUUUUUCAGGUGAGAGGCAUGCAAGAUGGUUCUUGUCAAGGAAACCUUUCCAAUUCAUGUGAUUGGGACUCAGGCACUACAAAAGCCUAUGUGACACUGAAUCCAGCCACUGCUCACCCCCGACUCGUCCUGUCCACGGAUCAGAAAACUGUCAGCUGGGGAGAGGAAGAAAAGAUCCUUCCCAACAACACAGAGAGAUUUGAUCGGCGUGUUUGGGUGUUGGGCAACCAGGGAUUCGACUCUGGGCAACACUGCUGGGAAGUUGAAGUGAAGGGGAAUGGCGAAUGGGCUGUGGGGGUUGCCAAGGGGUCUCUGAAGAGAAAAGGUUUACCAGAAUUUAGCACUACAGAGGGGAUCUGGGCCAUUGGGGAGUACUGGGGACUUGGCAACUAUUUAGCUUUCACUUCUCCUCAGCAUACAAAACUAUCCUUUGAUAAGAAGCCCCGCAGAAUCCGUGUCUCUCUAGACUUUGCCAAUAAACAAGUGGAAUUUUUCAAUGUUGAAACCAAGAAGUCAAUCUACAUUUUCUCUUCAGUCUCGUUUCCUGGAGAAAAGAUUUACCCCUGGUUCCGUGUGUGGGAAGGAACGCAACUCAUGCUGCAUCCAUGAGACGCUGAAAUCAAUCCCAAAGAAGCUCUUGUAGAACUUCCUAAGCUGUGUGAUCUUGGAGGACUCUUUUGUUAUUUCUUCUUGAAGAGGUGGUAAUGCCAACACCACAUCAACCAUAGAGGCUUACAAUCUGGUUCUGGUUCUGUGACUGAAGGGGCCUCUUCUUGCAAUAGGAGUAGGGGGAUUUAUGCAACUUUCAGUGAAAUCCUAAGCAGAGUUACUCCAGUCUAAGACCACUGAUUUCAGUUACUCUGUUUGGGAUUUCACUGUUAUACUGUUUUGGAACUAUGCAGUGGGGAGUGUUAAGAUUGUGGUCCUGUGUCAAGUGUUUGGAAUGGUACAAGAUAAAUGUUAACUGUUGGAAAACCUUAACUACCACUACUUGAUUUCUUUCAAACAUUCUUAUCUCAUCUUCUCUGAAAAUCUUCAGGUAAUACAAGUAUCCUCCAUGUCGCCUCCUCCCAACCACCUUGCGAGGUAGGUUAGGGGAGGAGAGAUCUGAACAUGGGUUUCCUAAGUCCUGUUGUCCAUGAUACCACACUGGCCCUUAUCCAUCCUAUCAAAGUGGAAAAGUUACAAUGGUUGAGGAACACAUGGGUCGAUGGUUGUGGAUUUUCCGGGCUGUAUAGCUGAGGAACACAUGGGUCGUUUCCUUCUUUGGAGGGUCUUGAUCUACCCUGACCUGCAUGUCCACUGCUUUCCUUGGUGAGAGCCUAUCCCUGUACAGAGACAGCUAAUGUGUGCAUGAACAAUGCAUAUGUGGGGGGCGGAGACUGUGGCCCCAUUCAGUGCUACUAUGGGUCUGAUAAUGUUCAGAUAGAAGAUGGGGCUCCUAGGCCCACUCCUCCUCAUUGCUUGUAUAUAGAUAUCAUAUGCACAUACAGGCACACACACACACAGCAAUGGCACUCAGCCUGUAAUAUUAAAGUUUUCUCUUGAUUAGGGUUUUCUUUGAAUUGCAGGAUCUAAGGCAGGGGCAAGAACCAGGGGUCAUUUUGUAGAAAAAGAGCUGGAGGAACUAAUUAGCAUAACUCAUUAUCUAACCAUUAGCAUAUGCCACACCCCUUGACAUCACCUGAAACGUGUCAUUAGCAUAACUGAUUUGCAUAUGCCACACCCCCUGACAUCACCUAUCCUGGCUGUUUUGGA